CAGACGUGGAGUUUUGUAGGAUAGGCUCUGUAUUGGCUGCAGGGCUGUUUGCCUCCCUUUCUUCAUUUCUCCCUUAAAGAGAACCAGCAGGAAUAUAAAGCAGCUUUCAGAUCUCUCUGGACUGCUUGUUGGUGGGAACUGAGGAACCUUUUGUCCCUGUGCUGAGUUUUGCUGAGUACCUGGUCCUGUAGAAAAAAAGAAAAAAAAAAAUGAGUGAUCUGCUGGACGAUGGCUCUUUCAUGUUCACGUCGGAGUCUGUAGGAGAGGGACAUCCAGACAAGAUUUGUGAUCAGAUCAGCGAUGCUGUUCUGGAUGCUCACCUGAGGCAGGACCCAGAUGCCAAAGUGGCCUGUGAGACGGUGUGUAAGACUGGCAUGGUGUUGCUCUGUGGAGAGAUCACAUCCCGGGCCAACGUGGACUACCAGAGGGUGGUCAGAGACACCAUCAAACACAUUGGCUACGACAACUCCGACAAAGGUUUUGACUAUAAGACAUGUAACGUACUGGUGGCUCUGGAGCAGCAGAGUCCAGACAUCGCCCAGGGAGUCCACAUUGACAGAAAGGAGGAGGACAUUGGAGCGGGAGACCAGGGUCUGAUGUUCGGCUAUGCCACAGAUGAGACAGAGGAGUGCAUGCCUCUCACUAUCGUCCUGGCCCACAAACUCAACGCAAAGAUGGCCGAACUCAGACGCAACGGUGUCAUCCCCUGGCUGCGUCCUGACUCUAAAACACAGGUGACAGUACAUUAUGACCAGAAGGACGGAGCCGUGAUCCCCAAGAGAGUUCACACCAUCGUGAUCUCUGUCCAGCACGAUGACUGCAUCUCUCUGGAGGAACAGAAGGCGGUCCUGAAGGAGAAGGUCAUCAACACUGUGGUUCCUGCUAAAUAUUUGGAUGACAAGACCAUCUACCACCUCCAGCCAAGUGGUCGCUUUGUCAUCGGAGGACCUCAGGGUGAUGCUGGUGUGACAGGCAGGAAGAUCAUUGUAGACACAUACGGAGGUUGGGGAGCUCACGGUGGCGGAGCUUUCUCUGGCAAAGACUUCUCAAAGGUCGACCGCUCGGCUGCUUAUGCUGCUCGCUGGGUGGCCAAGUCUCUGGUCAAAGCCAAACUGUGCAGGAGAGUUCUGGUUCAGGUGUCCUAUGCUAUUGGAGUGGCCCAUCCUCUGUCAAUCUCCUUGUUCACCUAUGGUUCCUCCCAGAAAACAGAGUCAGAGCUGCUCCAUAUUGUCAACAAGAACUUUGAUCUGCGGCCAGGAGUCAUUGUCAGGGAACUGAAUCUGAAGAGGCCGAUCUACCAGGAAACAGCCUCUUAUGGCCACUUUGGACGACCAGAGUUUAGCUGGGAGGUGCCCAAAAAGCUUGUCUUCUAAAUACUCCACCUGCUGGUCCUGAUCGACAACUGCCAACUCCAGCCACUGAUAGGACAUGUUGUAAUAGGAAGACCUAAAGCCAAAGUUAGGGAUAAGUCAGCUUUAAAGAGGUGAGAGGAUAAUUAUAAGACUGGUUGCAGCCAAUGGACAUAUAAUGGGACAGUCUCCCAAAGAACAGAGAGGCAUUACAGAGGACAUCUCAGUAACAAAUCCUUUUCUAGCCCACAAAACAUCCAUUUAUUGGUGCUUUAGAAAUACAGAAACUAUCACUACUCUUCCCUGGUUAACAUAAAGGAACACAACAGCAAAUAAAAUACUCUGAAGAUGAACACUUCUACACCACUAGAGGCAGAGUGUUUUACCUCAAAGCUGUGAAUGUUCUUUUAUGAUGUCCAAAAACAACCUCAGUACUUCAUUUUCAAAAGGUGCUAUUGUUAACACCAAGUAUUUUCAUCACUGAAUAUCAUAUAAAUGUCAGAAGUGUAAUCAUUUCUCAACCAAAGGCUUGGCUUUAGGAGAAUUUCAUCUUUCUGUCACUACUGUAAAAAUGCUUUUUAUAAGUCUUAUUUUGAAACAUGUGCUACAGGGAGCUGUUUGCACUGUCACACCACUGUACAAGAAGACAUUAAAAUGUGGGGAAAGCUCAUAUCUCUUAAGCAUAAAAUAUGUUACGAAGACUCAAAUGUAAAAUAGCCAAGCAGCCUUGUGUUUUCAUUCUGCUCCCCUUUUCUGUCAUCCUCUCAGUCCUGUUUUGUUCUAUCAUCAACUUGCUUUUUAUUGCUGCUCAGCUCACCUGCUGGCUGCUUACAUAUCUUCAUCUGUCUAUUUUUUUACCUGCAGACCUGCUGCUGUGACUGAGUCUGUAAAUGUGACUCAUUUUUAGCAAAUAACUAGAAGUCUUAACUCUGAAUUGACUGUGAGUCAAUCUCCUCUUAGAGGUGGAUUAUCAAACUGUACUCUGUUGAGACUAGAACAUUUAGUGGACUACUGAUGUCUUACAAUUGCUUUCUGUUAUAAGCCUAUGCUGAUAAAAGUCUCACUUCCCUCUAUAACAUGGAGAUAUUUAGCUAUUUCUUAUUCAAUGGUGCAGUUGCUCUACCCAAAAACAUCUUGGACUGUUACACUGCAGCCUGAGAUCGUCUCCAUGGACUUAGAGGGAAAAAAUGGAGCAUUUAUUAAUACAUUUCUCACUGGCAUUUAAAAAAAAAUCAAUUUUAAGUCAGCUUUUGUCAUUGCUUAAUCACAAAGUAUUUAAUCCAACUCUUUCCCUCUGAAACACCUUUGAUGGGAUUGAGGAACAGUGCUCCCCAUCUGUAGAGGUUUAAGACUUUUGUAGUGAGUGUGCUUUCAUCUACAGCCAACAUUGUUUUUGUAAGAGAGGUUUCCCUCUAUUUAAUAUGUUAAUCUGUGUCAUGUUCUGUCAACUUUGCAGGCAGAGAAACUGGACAAUGUAAAUAAUUAAACAAUGAAAGAAAAGAUAUAA